ACUGAGGCUGCAAGGCAAUGCGACGUUUCAUCAUUCUAUUCGAUUCCACUUUCUACAUCUUCAUCCAUCUCUCCUGAUCUAUCAUCCCCUGUCUCUUCCUAUCUUUGACAUUAUUCUUCCUUUUGUUGCUCGACUUUCUUUCUGUCUCUCGUUGCUGCACCGUCCUUCAGUUACGACACAUGUCGCUCCAUCCCAGUCCCGCAAUCUAGUCGCCAACAUGAUACCUCUCGGCACAAGUCUCCUGCAAUGCUUCCUUCUCCUCUCGAUCCCCAUCACUUCCGUUGUAGCAGCAUCGGACUCUUCCGGUAAAGAUAACCUUUUACCCUGCGUGGCGCGCUCUGCCAGCACCGGCUUCUACUACGAUCUCAAUGCUAUAUCCCUUUCCCCGCCAAGCUCCGCUAGUGACAGCGACAAGUCGCGCAAACGCAUUCGAGACGAAAGCUGGCACGCCAAGGGCCACGACUACAAUGCGAACUUUACACUGAAUUUUUGUGCACCCGUGGUCGAGGAUGUGGUGGAUGUCGUUGGCGUCGAUCGCCAGAGGUGGGGAAACGUUAGUGCUUAUUACGAGAAGGACAACAAAAUAUACUCCAUAGGACAACAAGCGUCGGAGCCCUUUUUCCGUGGUCGCAAGCUGGUCUUGAAUUACACUGAUGGUUCCCCGUGUCCUGGCGAAUUUUUGGGGAAUGCAUCACGGACCAAGUCGACGAUCAUGUCUUUCCUGUGCGACAACGACUCGCCGGGUACCCAUGCCACACCAUCGUUCGUGGGUACCAUGGACCAGUGUACGUAUUUCUUCGAGGUGCGCACCGCUGCGGCAUGUGGCGGUGUCGCCCCGUCGGACGGGGAUGGGUUGGGACCUGCCGAGGUAUUCGGUGUGAUCGCCUUGAUUGCCGUCGCAGCGUACUUCCUCGGUGGCUGCGCAUACCAGCGCACAGUCAUGCACCAGCGCGGAUGGAGACAGUGCCCCAACUACAGCCUGUGGGCGGGCAUGUUUGAUUUCCUCAAAGACAUGAUGAUCAUCCUUUUCACCUCGCUAGCCAACCUCCUCCGCUGCAACCGCACGCGCUCGUCAGCCGGAUACGCCCGCGCCAACAGCACCGGCGGCUUUAUGGGUGCAAUCGGCGGUCGCGGCCGCGGCCGCAGGACGGGACGAUCAUCGGACGUGGAUGCUGAAAACCGCCUGAUAGAUCAGUUGGAUGAGGAAUGGGAGGAUUGAUUGAGAUGCAUAGACUGGGCGGUAUGGGAGAGAGGAGCGGCCGUGGGCUGUAUGAAAGUGCUGUAUACCUAUCUAUCUCUAUCUAUAUUAGCAUUGGUUGUCUAACCAACUGUGACUGGCUGGUUGAUGCCGCUUUCUACUGUCACUUUAUUCUAGCUUGUAGGAAUAAGCAUUGAGGGAGUUCCCGGCGUUUCAGAAUGAUAUUAA